AUGUCCACAACAGAGACCGCUACGCCUAUUGGCAUUGCCAACCUUCCUAACCAGCGGCACAAGAUUGUCGCGAAGCGGGGUGCAGCCUUUACUAUUAUGGUUGCUGGAGAGUCGGGAUUGGGAAAGACGACCUUCAUCAACACCCUUUUCUCUACCACCAUCAAGAACUAUGCCGAUCACAAGCGCCGCCACCAGAAGCAGGUCGACCGCACCGUGGAGAUCGAGAUUACCAAGGCCGAGCUCGAGGAGAAGUUCUUCAAGGUCCGCCUCACCGUUAUUGAUACCCCCGGAUUCGGAGACUACGUGAACAACCGCGAUUCGUGGCAGCCCAUUAUCGAGUUCCUGGAUGACCAGCACGAGUCGUACAUGCUCCAGGAGCAGCAGCCCCGCCGAACCGACAAGAUUGACAUGCGUGUCCACGCCUGUUUGUACUUCAUCCGCCCCACCGGUCACACCCUGAAGCCUCUGGAUAUUGAGGUUAUGAAACGCCUGAGCUCCCGCGUCAACUUGAUCCCCGUUGUUGCCAAGGCUGAUACCCUGAGCCAUGGUGAUCUGGCCCGUUACAAGGAGAGAAUUCGCGCUGUCAUUGAGGCCCAAGGCAUCAAGAUCUACUCCCCUCCCGUCGAAGAGGAUGACGAGCACGCCGCCUCCCACGCCCGCAGCCUCAUGGCUGCCAUGCCUUUCGCCGUUAUCGGUUCUGAGAAGGACGUGAAGGCCAACGAUGGCCGUGUUGUCAAGGGUCGUCAAUACGCCUGGGGUGUUGCCGAGGUUGAGAACGAGGACCACUGUGACUUCAAGAAGCUCCGCUCAAUUCUGAUCCGCACCCACAUGCUCGACCUUAUCCACACCACGGAAGAAUCGCACUACGAGGCCUACCGUGCCCAGCAGAUGGAGACCCGCAAGUUCGGCGAGGCGCGACCACGCAAGCUCGACAACCCCAAGUUCAAGGAGGAAGAGGAGACCCUGCGCAAGCGCUUCACUGAGCAGGUCAAGGUCGAGGAGCAGCGUUUCCGCCAGUGGGAGCAGAAGCUCAUCUCCGAGCGCGAUCGCCUCAACAAGGACCUCGAGGCCACCCAUGCUGCGAUCAAAUCUCUCGAGCAGGAGAUCGAGGGUCUGCAGGGAUCCAGCACCCGCAGCCAUGGACGUCGCCCGGUAAACGCAGUAACAUUCUCCAGCUACCCAGGCACCUACAUCCUCACAGGGUCCUCCGACCGAACCGUCCACCUAACGCGCGCAAUACCAAACACAAAAACAAACGAACCAAUCGAAACAACAUCCCCAAUCCAGAAAUACGAAGCACACGGCUACUCUGUGCUAGACAUCGCCGUCGCAGCCGAUAAUGCCCGCUUCGCCAGCGUAGGCGGUGACCGCCAGGUCUUCCUCUGGGAUGUUGAGCAGGGGAUAACGACGAGACGGUGGUCUGGUCAUAAUAGUCGCAUUGAGGCGGUGCAGUUUGCGGGGGAGGGGGAUGGGGUUGUCGUUACUGGCAGCGCCGAUACAACCAUAAAUCUCUGGGAUGCACGCGCCAACAGCCACAAACCCAUCCAAACACUCACGGAAGCGACUGACACAGUCUCAAGUCUGCAUGUACACAUGGGUUCAUAUUCAAUCGCGAGCGGGAGUUAUGAUGGCCACGCGCGGAUCUAUGACGUGCGCGCGGGCAAGACGUGUGUUGAUGUUCUUGCGCAUCCUGUUACUAGUGUGCGGUGCUCCGCCGAUGGCAAUGCUUUGCUUAUUUCUACGCUUGAUGGGUAUAUUCGGAUGAUGGAUCGUGUUGAUGGGGGGUUAUUGAAGGCAUUCGGAGAUGGGAACAAGGAGGAGAAGGGUGAGAAGGGGCAUAAAUAUCGGAAUACAGAGUUGAGGGUCAGGUCUGUGUUUGCACAGGGUGAUGCUGUUGUGUUGAGUGGGGGUGAAGCUGGUGGGAGUGGUGAUGGGGCGGCGGCCUUCGCGUGGGAUGUCGUUAGUGGAGAGAUGAUUGCUGCUGUGCCUAUGGGAGAGAAGGUUAAGGCUGUUAGUUGUGUAGCGUGGAAUGAGAAGGGUGGGAAUUGGGCUGCUGGGUGUUCCGAUGGUAUGAUCUUCGUCUGCGCGUCGUUCCAGGGUUGUGUUCUGUUGCUGACUUCGUUAUAG